UCUGGAACCUACCAUCCACUCUUGCGGUUGCACGUUAGAGGAGACAGCUUUGAGGGGACAUUUUUGAUUUUUUUUUUUUUUUUGCCCCCUUCAUUGUAUUUUAGUUUGUCACGUACCACGGAACCGGCGUGUUUGUUUGUGUCCGAUUCCGUGGAGGCGGCACGGGUGGCACUGUAGUCUGAGAGCCAUGCCGUGCGUGAUGUUUGAAUGCUGAGCAGCAUUUCCAAUAUUUACAUGACGGUGCUGCUGCUGCUGCUGCGGCGCUUCGUUUAGCCUCGCCGGGCUCUCCAUUCACCCCCCCACCCCUAAAAAAAAGGCGUGUGGGACACCGAGGGGUGCAGUCGAACGCGCCCGGAUCAUCGGAGCCCGGGUUCGGAUGAGGCUCUCGAUCCGACUUCGGCGUUAGAGAUCCAGUCAAGUUUCCUUUUCUAACAGCGGUGCCGUCGGGCAUUGCUCCGGAGAUGGCGAUGGGCUUUCUCUGUGUGGGAUUUCUACUCAGCGUGGGGGUCAUCAUCUCUCCGGACGGUGCAGGAGCAGUAGCUCCCAAACCAGACGACCACCCCAAGACUUGCAGUCCUAAGCAGUUUGUGUGCAUGGACCAGGAGACCUGUAUCUCCAAAGGCUGGCGCUGUGAUGGGGAGAAGGACUGUCCAGACGGGUCAGACGAGUCUCCAGACAUCUGCCUGCACAACAAGGUGAACCAGUGCCCCGUCAACGAACACGGCUGCUUGGAUGCCGACGUUUGCCUUCAUAUGAGCAAACUGUGUGAUGGAGUACCAGACUGCUCGGACGGCUGGGACGAGGGUCCUCACUGUCGAGAGAGCGCACCAGCCUGCGCCUCCCAUGGGUGCCAGUUUCAUUGUGCCGUGACCCACGAUGGACCAAAGUGCUACUGCGGCAACGGCUACGAGGUGGCGGCCGAUGGAAAGGCGUGUAAAGAUUUCAAUGAGUGCGGCGUGUACGGGACGUGUAGUCAGACGUGUAAGAACACCGAUGGCUCCUACGUCUGCAGCUGCGUGGAGGGCUACCUGCUGCAGCCAGACAACCGCUCCUGCAAAGCCAAGAACGAGCCCGUAGAUCGUCUUCCCAUGUUGCUGAUCGCAAACCUCCAUGACAUCCGCUGUACCACCUUGAGCGGCUCCGCCUCCAGGCUGCCUUCCAUUGCCACCAAGCAGACCAUGGCGAUGGACUUCAUCUACGCCAAGGAGACCGUCUGCUGGAUCGACGUGGGCGAAACACCCGCAGCCACGCAGCUGAAAUGCGCCAGCAUCCCCGAUCUCAAGACGGUCACAGACAUCCGCACCAUCAACAUUUCCAUCACCCUGCACCAUGUGGAACAGAUGGCUAUUGACUGGUUGACCGGAAACUUCUACUUUGUGGAUGAUGUGGACGACUGGGUGUUUGUCUGCAACAAGAACGGCCAGACGUGUGUCAGCCUGCUGGACCAAGAACUGUACAACCCUAAAGGCAUCGCCUUGGACCCGGCUAUGGGAAAAGUCUUCUUCACCGACUACGGGUCCACUCCGAGGGUGGAGCGCUGUGACAUGGACGGUCAGAACCGCACAAAGCUGGUCGACACUAAGAUUGUUUUCCCUCACGGGAUCACGCUGGACUUAGUCAACCGGCUGGUGUACUGGGCGGACGCCUACCUGGACUACAUCGAAGUGGUGGAUUACGAGGGCAAGAACAGACACACCAUCAUUCAGGGCCUGAUGAUUGAGCACCUGUACGGGCUGACUGUGUUUGAGAACUACCUGUACGCCACCAACUCCGACGAAGGCAACCUCAAUCCCAAGACCAGCGUGAUCCGAGUCAACCGUUUCAACAACUCCGACUUCCACGUGGUGACGCGGGUGGACCGAGGCGCCGCGCUGCACGUGUACCAUCAGAGACGGCAACCGCAAGUGCGGAGCCACGCCUGCGCUCUCGAUCAGUUUGGGAAGGCUGGAGGUUGUUCGGACAUCUGCCUACUGGGCAACAGCCACAAGACCCGCACCUGCCGCUGUCGGUUCGGGUUCAGUCUGGGCAGCGACGGCAAGUCUUGUAAAAAACCAGACCACGAUCUGUUCUUGGUGUAUGGAAAGGGUCGCCCCGGAAUCAUCAGGGGCAUGGAUAUGAAUCCGAAGGUACCGGAUGAAUAUAUGAUCCCCAUUGAGAACCUCAUGAACCCUCGAGCUCUGGAUUUUCACGCCGCCAGUGAAUUCAUCUACUUUGCUGAUGCUACCAGCUACAUCAUCGGGCGGCAGAAGAUAGAUGGGACGGAGAGAGACACCAUACUAAAAGACGGUGUCCACACAGUGGAGGGUCUGGCGGUAGACUGGAUGGGAGGUAAUCUGUACUGGACAGAUGACGGACCUAAAAAGACUAUCAGCGUCGCCAGACUGGAGAAGGCUUCUCAGACUCGGAAGACUCUCAUUGAGGGCAAGAUGAGCCACCCCCGCGCCAUUGUGGUGGACCCCCAGCACGGAUGGAUGUAUUGGACCGACUGGGAGGAGGAUCCCACGGAGAGCAACAGAGGAAAGAUCAAGAAAGCCUGGAUGGACGGAUCUCAUCAACAAGUGUUCCUCACGAGCAAGACAGUCCUGUGGCCCAACGGUUUGAGUCUGGACAUUCCCCAGGGUAUACUCUACUGGGUCGACGCCUAUUAUGACCGCAUCGAGAUGGUUUACCUCAACACGACCGAACGAAAGGUGGUGUAUGAAGGCCAGGAGCUGAUCCACGCCUUUGGUUUGUGUCACUACAAACAAUUCCUCUUCUGGAAUGAGUACCGCGGAGGUAGCAUCUACAAACUGGACACCAUCACCAAGACGGUCACGCUGCUCCGCAACGAGAGGCCGCCCAUUUUUGAAAUCAGAGUGUAUGAUGCUCAUCAACAGCAAGGCACCAACGUAUGCAGAGUUAUGAACGGGGGGUGCAGCAGUCUCUGCCUCGCCAUUCCUAAUGGUAGAACAUGUGCUUGUGCCGAUGAUCAACUCUUGGAUGUUGAUAAUGUCACCUGCAAAGCCAACCCCUCCUACAUCCCGCCGCCAAAGUGCCAGGCGGGGGAAUUCGCCUGCAAGAACAACCGUUGCAUCCAAGAGCGAUGGAAGUGUGACGGGGACAACGAUUGUCUGGAUAACAGCGACGAGGCCCCCGAGCUUUGCCACCAGCACACCUGUCCGGCGGACCGAUUCAAAUGUCAGAACAACCGUUGCAUCCCAUUCAGAUGGCUAUGUGACGGCGACAACGACUGCGGCAACGAUGAGGAUGAAUCAAACGCCACAUGUUCUGCUCGGACAUGCCCACCAAAUCAGUACCCUUGUGCCAGUGGCCGUUGCAUCCCAAUCUCCUGGACGUGUGACCUGGAUGACGACUGCGGAGACCGCUCAGACGAACCGGACUCAUGCGCCUAUCCUACGUGUUUCCCUCUCACCCAGUUCACAUGCGCCAACGGCCGCUGCAUCAACAUCAACUGGCGCUGUGACAACGGUGAGCGUCUCGUCCCCGGUGUUAAUUUAGCGCCAUAUUUGACGUGCGCGCGCGCAUCCCGUGCAGACAACGACUGCGGGGACAACAGCGAUGAGGCCGGCUGCAGCCAUUCCUGCUCCAGCGUGCAGUUCAAAUGCAACAGCGGCCGCUGCAUCCCGGAAUACUGGACCUGCGACGGCGACAACGACUGCGGCGACUACAGUGACGAGACCCACGCCAACUGUACUAAUCAAGCGACUCGUCCGCCAGGCGGCUGCCACGUGGACGAGUUCCAGUGUCGUAUGGACGGUUUGUGUAUCCCCAUGCGUUGGCGCUGUGACGGCGACACCGACUGCAUGGACCUGAGUGAUGAGAACAACUGCGAGGGCGUCACUCACAUGUGUGACCCGGCCGUCAAGUUCAGUUGCAGGGACUCGGCUCGCUGCAUCAGCAAGGCCUGGGUUUGCGACGGCGACAGUGACUGUGAGGACAACUCAGACGAGGACAACUGCGACGCCCUGGUGUGCAAAUUGUCUCACCACGUUUGCGCCACUAACGACUCCAUUUGUCUUCCUGCUGAGAAGCUGUGCGACGGCACCGACGACUGUCCAGAUGGUUCUGAUGAGAAGCUUUGUGACCUGUGUUCUUUGGACAACGGCGGUUGUAGUCACAACUGCAGCAUCAUCCCCGGAGAAGGCUUCAUGUGUUCGUGUCCGUUGGGCAUGGAGCUCGGAGCGGACAACAAAACCUGCCAGAUCCAGAGCUUCUGUGCCAAACAUCUGAAAUGUAGCCAAAAGUGCCAGCAGGAGAAGUCCAGCGUCAAGUGCUCCUGCUACCAGGGCUGGGAGCUGGAGGCCGACAUGGAGAGCUGCAAAAGCACUGAUCCCUUCAAGCCAUUCAUCAUAUUUUCCAACCGCCAUGAGAUCAGAAGGAUCGACCUGCACAAGGGAGAGUUCAGUGUUCUGGUACCAGGCCUGAGGAACACCAUCGCUUUGGACUUUCACCUCAGUCAGAGCACGUUGUACUGGACUGACGUCGUCGAGGACAAGAUCUACCGUGGGAAACUGUCGGACAAUGGAGCUCUGACCAGUUUUGAGGUGGUGAUCCAAUAUGGGCUGGCGACUCCCGAGGGUCUGGCGGUGGACUGGAUCGCAGGAAAUAUCUACUGGGUGGAGAGCAACCUGGAUCAGAUCGAGGUGGCUAAACUGGACGGCACCAUGAGAACGACGCUGCUGGCUGGGGAGGUGGAGCACCCCAGAGCCAUCGCUUUGGACCCCCGUGAUGGUAUUCUGUUUUGGACCGACUGGGAUGCGAGUCUGCCGAGGAUUGAGGCGGCGUCUAUGAGCGGCGAGGGCAGACGCACCAUCCACAGGGAGACGGGCAACGGCGGAUGGCCCAAUGGACUCACGGUCGAUUACAUGGAGAGACGCAUCGUCUGGAUUGACGCCAGGUCAGAUGCUAUCUACUCUGCCAUGUAUGACGGCUCAGGACUGAUUGAGGUCUUGCGAGGUCACGAGUACUUGUCCCACCCCUUUGCUGUCACGAUGUACGGAGGCGAGGUCUACUGGACCGACUGGAGGACCAACACUCUGGCCAAAGCCAACAAAUGGACCGGGCACAACGUCACUGUAGUCCAGCGCACCAACACGCAGCCGUUUGACUUGCAGGUCUACCAUCCGUCCAGACAGCCACAGGCUCCGAACCCGUGCGCCACCAUCGACGGCAAAGGUCCUUGCUCCCAUCUUUGUCUCAUCAACUUCAACCAAACCUUCUCCUGCGCCUGCCCGCACCUCAUGAAGCUGCAAGAUGAUAAACGCACAUGCAAAGAGUCCCGCAAGUUCCUUCUGUAUGCUCGCCAAAUUGAGAUCCGGGGUGUGGACAUCGACAACCCCUACUAUAACUACAUCAUCUCCUUCACCGUGCCGGACAUAGACAACGUGACAGCAGUGGACUACGAUGCGGUGGAGCAUCGCAUCUACUGGUCAGAUGUCCGAACGCAGACCAUCAAAAGAGCUUUCAUCAACGGCACCGGCGUGGAAACGAUCGUCUCGGCAGACCUUCCCAACACUCACGGGCUAGCGGUGGACUGGGUGUCCAGGAACCUUUUCUGGACCAGCUACGACGCCAACAAGAAGCAGAUCAACGUGGCCAGACUGGAUGGCUCCUUUAAGAACGCCGUCCUUCAAGGUUUAGACAAGCCUCAUUGUCUGGUUGCGCAUCCUCAGCUAGGGAAGUUGUACUGGACCGAUGGUGACAACAUAAGCAUGGCCAACAUGGACGGUACCAACCACAGCACCCUGUUCUUCAACCAGAAGGGACCAGUUGGCCUUUCCAUCGACUUUGACAAAGAGCAGCUGUACUGGAUCAGUUCUGGAAACGGUACCAUUAAUCGCUGUCAGCUGGACGGAUCCAAACUGGAGGUCUUGGAAGGCGUUAAAGGCAAACUCGCCAAGGCUACAGCGUUGGCUAUCAUGGGAGACAAGCUGUGGUGGGCAGACCAGGCAUCUGAUCACAUAGGAACAUGCGACAAGAAGGAUGGCGGAAACUGGAAGGUUUUGAGGAACAACACUUCGUCCAUGAUGCACAUGAAGAUCUAUGAUGAGGAUGUACAGAAAGCGAGUGUCAAUCUUUGUAGCAACAACAACGGGGACUGCUCCCAGCUGUGUUUGCCCACCUCGCCAUCCACACGGGCCUGCAUGUGUACCGCCGGUUACAGCCUCAAGACGGGACAGCAGUCGUGCGAAGGUAUGGGCUCCUUCCUGCUUUACUCCGUUCACGAGGGAAUUAGAGGAAUUCCGCUGGACCCGGGUGACAAAUCGGAUGCCUUGGUGCCGGUGUCUGGCACCUCUCUUGCCGUCGGCAUCGACUUCCAUGCUGAGAACGACACCAUCUACUGGGUGGAUAUGGGCCUCAGCACCAUCAGCAGGGCCAAGAGAGAUCAAACAUGGAGAGAAGACGUUGUCACCAACGGCAUUGGAAGAGUGGAGGGCAUUACUGUUGACUGGAUUGCAGGAAAUAUUUACUGGACCGACCAGGGCUUUGACGUGAUUGAGGUGGCCAGGCUGAAUGGCUCCUUCCGUUACGUGGUCAUCUCCCAGGGUCUGGACAAGCCCAGAGCCAUCACUGUCCACCCAGUCAAAGGGUAUCUGUUCUGGACAGAAUGGGGGCAGUACCCCCGUAUUGAACGCUCUCGACUGGACGGCUCUGAGAGGUUAGUCUUGGUCAACGCGAGUAUUAGUUGGCCCAACGGGAUCUCCAUCGACUACACGGAGGGGCUGCUGUACUGGUGCGAUGCCAGAACAGACAAGAUCGAGCGAAUCAACCUGGAAACCGGAGAGAACCGAGAGUUGGUGCUGGUCAACAACAACAUGGAUAUGUUUGCAGUGUCCGUGUUUGAGGAUUACAUCUACUGGAGUGACAGGACUCAUGCAAACGGCUCCAUUAAAAGAGGCAGUAAGGACAACGCCACCGAUGCGGUCCAGCUCAGGACUGGAAUUGGUGUACAACUAAAAGAUAUUAAAGUGUUCAACCGCGCCAGGCAGCAAGGCACCAACGUCUGCAAAAACGGCAACGGCGGCUGCGAACAGCUUUGCCUCUUCCGCGGCAACGGGAUGCGCACGUGCGCCUGCGCUCACGGCAUGUUGGCGGAGGACAACCGCAGUUGCCGCGAUUACGACGGCUACCUCCUCUACUCGGAGCGCACCAUUUUAAAGAGCAUACACCUGUCGGAUGAGACCAACUUAAAUGCGCCCAUAAAGCCGUUUGAAGACCCCGACCACAUGAAGAAUGUCAUCGCCCUCAGCUUUGACUACCACGGGGGCGGCGGGAGGGGGGCCAACCGCAUCUUCUUUAGCGACAUCCACUUUGGAAACAUCCAGCAGAUCAACGAUGAUGGCACGGACCGCAAGGUCGUGGUGGAUAACGUCGGAUCAGUGGAGGGCCUGGCCUAUCACCGCGGUUGGGACACACUCUAUUGGACCAGUUACACAACGUCCACCAUCACCCGCCACACCGUGGACCAGAGCCGCUCUGUGGCCUACAACCGCAACACUGUGGUCACCAUGUCUGGAGAGGACCACCCCAGAGCCUUUGUGCUGGACGAGUGUCAGGAUCUCAUGUUCUGGACGAACUGGAACGAGCAGGCUCCCAGCAUCAUGAGGGCUUCCUUGAACGGUGCCAACGUGCUCGCCAUCAUCGGCAGUGAUAUCAAAACACCCAACGGCUUGGCGAUAGAUCACCGUGCUGAGAAGCUCUACUUCUCUGACGCCACCCUGGACAAGAUAGAGCGCUGUGAAUACGAUGGGAGCAGCCGAUACGUUUUGUUGAAGAACGAGCCCGUGCAUCCGUUUGGCCUGGCUGUGUACGGCGACUACAUCUUCUGGACCGACUGGGUGAGGAGGGCGGUCCUCCGAGCUGACAAGUACACCGGAGGAGACAUGAAGGUGCUGAGAGCCGACAUCCCUCAGCAGCCGAUGGGAAUCAUCGCGGUGGCCAAUGACACCAACAGCUGUGAGUUCUCUCCCUGUCGAACAAAUAACGGAGGCUGCCAAGACCUGUGCCUGCCCACGUCCGACGGGAGGGUCAACUGCAGUUGCCGUGGAGACAGACGACUUCUGGAAGACAAUACCUGCUCUUCACUGAACGUGUCCUGUGGGAGUGUGGACGACUUUGAGUGUGGAAACGGGGACUGCAUCAACUACAGCCUGACCUGUGACGGCAUGGCCCACUGCAAGGACAAAUCUGAUGAGAAGCAGUCCUACUGUGCCAAUCGAAUUUGUAAGAAGGGUUACAGACGCUGCAUGAAUGGUCGCUGCAUCGGUCACCAGUUCUGGUGUGACGGUACCGAUGACUGUGGCGACCACUCCGAUGAAAUGCCCUGCAACAUGACUCUGUGCAAAAUCGGGGAGUUCCAGUGCAAAGACGGCAGCUGCAUCUCCAACUUCAGCCGCUGCGACCAGGUUGUUAACUGCGAGGAUGCUAGCGACGAGAUGAACUGCCAAGCCACCGACUGCUCCCGUUUCUUCCGCUUGGGAGUGAAAGGCGCUUCCUUCCAGAGCUGUGAGAGAACCACGUUGUGCUACUUGUCAUCGUGGGUGUGCGACGGAAACAACGACUGUGGCGACUUCUCCGAUGAGAGGAACUGUCCAGAUAAACGCAAGCUUAAAUGUCCGGUGAACUUCUUCGCUUGCCCAAGUGGUCGUUGUAUCCCCAUGAGUUGGACUUGCGAUAAGGAGGAUGACUGUGAGAACGGAGCUGACGAAACACACUGUGACAAAUUUUGCACCUCCGUCCAGUUUGAAUGUGGGAACCACCGCUGCAUUUCCAGCCAUUGGGUCUGCGAUGGUUCCGACGACUGCGGUGACGGAUCAGAUGAGGAUGAGAACUGCAAAUCUAAAACCUGCAGUCCGGAGGCCUUCCAAUGUCCGGGCUCUCAUAUGUGUGUGCCGCAGCGCUGGAAGUGCGACGGAGACAAGGAUUGUCCCGACGGAGCCGACGAGAGUGUCAAGGCUGGAUGCUUGUAUACCAACAACACUUGCGACGACAAUGAGUUCAUGUGCCAGAACAGACAAUGUAUUCCCAAACACUUCGUAUGUGAUCAUGACAUCGACUGCGCCGAUGGCUCGGACGAGUCUCCGGAAUGCGAAUAUCCGACCUGUGCUCCAGAUGAGUUCCGUUGUGCCAACGGCCGAUGCCUCAACCAGAAGAAAUGGGAAUGUGAUGGAGAGUUCGACUGUCAGGAUCGCUCUGAUGAAGCUCCCAAGAACCCACGAUGCACCGACACAGAGAGGUCGUGUAACGAGUCGGCCUUCAUGUGCCGCAACGGCAACUGUUUGAACGACACUCUGCUGUGCGACCGCAACGACGACUGCGGCGACGGCUCGGAUGAACUCAACUGCUUCAUCAACGAAUGCCUCAACAGUAAACUGAGUGGAUGUUCGCAGCUCUGUGAUGACCUCAAGGUUGGCUACAAGUGCAGGUGCCAUCCUGGUUACCAGCUGAAACGGGACGGGAAGACGUGCGUGGAUGUGGAUGAGUGCACCACCACCUACCCUUGUUCUCAACGUUGCAUCAACACACACGGAAGCUUCCAUUGUCUGUGCGUGGAUGGCUUUGAAGUCAGCCCCAAUGACCCCACCAUAUGUAAAUCCACGUCAGAGGAAGAGCCCUACUUGAUCUUUGCUAAUCGCUAUUACCUGCGGAAGCUCAACCUGGAUGGUUCCAACUACACUCUUAUAAAGCAGGGUCUCAACAACGCCGUAGCGCUGGACUUCCACUAUGCAGAGCAGACCAUCUACUGGACCGACGUCACCACCCAGGGUAGCAUGAUCCGACGCAUGCGAAUGAACGGCAGCAACAUGGAGGUGUUGCACCGCACCUCGCUGAGUAACCCCGAUGGCGUUGCCGUGGACUGGGUCGGCGGGAACCUGUAUUGGUGCGACAAAGGCAGGGACACCAUUGAAGUGUCCAAGCUCAACGGCGCCUACCGCACCGUGCUGGUCAACAGCGGGCUGAGAGAACCUCGCGCUGUGGCCGUGGAUGUGCGCUACGGGUACCUGUACUGGUCUGACUGGGGCGACAACCCCCAUAUUGGACGGAUCGGCAUGGACGGCACCAAUAGGAGCGUCCUCGUACAGGACAAGAUCACAUGGCCUAAUGGUCUGACCUUGGACUUCAUCAAUGACCGCAUAUACUGGGCAGACGCCCGAGAGGAUUACAUUGAGUUUGCCAGUCUGGAUGGCACCAGCAGGCACACAGUUCUCGGCCAAGACAUACCACACAUCUUCGCCAUGACUCUCUUUGAAGAGUACAUCUACUGGACAGACUGGGAGACUAAGUCCAUCAACAGAGCUCACAAGACCCUUGGGACUAACAAGACCACCCUGAUCAGCACCCUGCAUCGGCCCAUGGACAUCCACAUUUAUCACCCCUAUCGCCAACCCGAGGUGCGUAACCACCCAUGCCAGACAAACAACGGAGGCUGCAGUAACCUGUGCCUCCUCUCCCCCGGAGGGGGCUACAAAUGUGCCUGCCCCACCAACUUCUACCUGGCCAGCGACCAGCGCACGUGCAUGUCCAACUGCACAGCUAGCCAGUUCGUCUGCAAGAAUGAUAAAUGCAUUCCUUUCUGGUGGAAAUGCGACACGGAGGACGAUUGCGGCGAUCGCUCAGACGAGCCCUCGGAUUGUCCUGAAUUCAAGUGCAGACCGGGCCAGUUCCAGUGUGGCACGGGCAUCUGCACCAACCCCGCUUACAUAUGUGAUGGAGACAACGACUGCCAGGACAAUUCAGACGAGGCCAACUGCGAUAUUCACGUGUGCCUGCCCAGCCAGUUCAAAUGUUCGCACCCGAGUCGCUGCAUCCCGGGAAUCUUUCGUUGUAACGGCCAAGACAACUGCGGCGAGGGGGAGGACGAGAAGGACUGCCCGGAGGUCACGUGUGCGCCCACCCAGUUUCAGUGCGCCAUCACCAAACGCUGCAUCCCUCGCGUUUGGGUCUGCGACCGCGAUAACGAUUGCGUGGACGGAUCGGAUGAACCCACCAACUGCACCCAGAUGACCUGCGGUGUGGAUGAGUUUCGCUGUAAAGACUCCGGACGCUGCAUUCCGGCUCGCUGGAAAUGCGACGGGGAAGACGACUGUGGCGAUGCAUCUGAUGAACCAAAGGAGGAGUGCGCCGAGAGGACGUGCGAGCCUUACCAGUUCAGAUGCAAAAACAACCGAUGCGUGCCGGGCCGCUGGCAGUGCGACUACGACAAUGACUGCGGCGACAACUCGGAUGAAGACAAGUGUGUUCCUCGGCAGUGUUCCGAAAGCGAGUUCGCCUGCACGAACGGCCGCUGCAUCGCCGGGAGGUGGAAGUGCGACGGAGACCACGACUGCGCCGACGGUUCCGACGAGCACGGCUGCGCCCUCAAGUGCGACAAUGACCAGUUCCAGUGUAAGAACGGACACUGUAUUCCCAUUCGCUGGAGGUGCGACGCUGACCCGGACUGCAUGGAUGGCAGUGAUGAGGAGAACUGCCACACCGCUGUUGGCCGCCACUGUCCUGUGGAUGAGUUUCAGUGUAACAACACUCUGUGCAAACCUCUGGCCUGGAAGUGUGACGGGGAGGAUGACUGUGGGGAUAACUCCGAUGAGAAUCCGGAAGAGUGCCGGAAGUUCCAGUGUCCCCCCACCCGAGCAUUUCGUUGUCAGAACGACCGCGUGUGUCUGCAAGUGUCCAAGAGGUGUGACGGCAUCAAUCACUGCGGCGACAAAUCAGAUGAGCUCAAUUGUCAGACCCCCCCGGCUGUUCCUACCUGCGAGAAGGACCAGUUCUUGUGCGCUAACGGAAAAUGCAUCAGCGCCACUUUACGAUGUAACGUCUUUAAUGACUGCGAGGACUACGGAUCGGACGAGAUCAACUGCAAGACAGAAACCAAACUAAACGACUGCAGGAAUAACAGGACACACUGCGGUGACGGCGACGAGGCCCACUGUGUCACCAACGGGACCGACGCCUUCUGCUCUUGUAAACCCGGCUUCCACAAAACAGGACAACGCACAUGUGGAGACAAGAAUGAGUGCCUGCAGUUUUCCGUGUGCUCCCAUAUCUGCAACAACACCAAGGGAUCCUACAAAUGCAGCUGCCAUAAGUACUUCACCAGGAUCAACGACACCUGCAAAGCCGACAACAUGAACAGCAGUCAGCAGGUUCUCUACAUCGCCGACGACAACGAAAUCCGCAGCCUGGAUCCCGGCAUGCCCAACUGGCGCUACGAGCAAACCUUCCAGGGGGACGCCAGCGUGCGCAUCGAUGCGAUGGACCUGCACGUCAAGACCAACCGCAUCUUCUGGACCAACUGGCACACGGGCCGUAUCUCCUCUUACGAACUUCCUGGACAGUCUACGUUGUCGUCGUCAUCCAAUUCCCACCGUAACCGAAGACAAAGCGCAGGCGGUGUCACCAACCUGCAGAUUAAAGAGCUGAAGAUGCCUCGUGGUAUAGCCGUGGACUGGGUGGCCGGUAAUCUAUACUGGACCGACUCUGGUCGAGAUGUCAUUGAAGUGGCUCAGAUGUCGGGUCAGCACUGCAAGACCCUCAUAUCGGGCAUGAUAGACGAGCCUUACGCUAUCGUCGUGGAUCCACAGAGAGGCACCAUGUACUGGGCAGACUGGGGCAACCAUCCCAAAAUUGAGACCGCUGCCAUGGAUGGAACACUGAGGCAGACUCUGGUCCAUGAGAACAUUCAGUGGCCAACGGGUUUGGCAGUCGACUACUUCAACGAGCGGCUUUACUGGGCGGAUGCAAAGCUGUCAGUCAUAGGAAGUGUUCGACUGGACGGCUCCGAUCCUGUCAUUGCUGUCUCUGGCAUCAAAAACAAUCUGGCCCAUCCAUUUAGCAUCGAUAUUUUUGAGGAUUACAUAUACGGAGUCACGUUGGUCAAUAACGUUGUUUUCCGGGUCAGCAAGUUUGGAAAAGGCACCACGGAGAAUCUCACCACAGGCAUCAACCACGCGACCGACAUCGUCCUGUACCACCGAUACAAGCAGCCAGAAAUGACCAAUCCGUGUGACCGAAAGAAAUGCGAGUGGCUCUGCCUGCUCAGUCCAAGUGGACCGGUGUGUACCUGCCCCAACAACUACGUAGCUGACAACGGCACCUGCGUGGAGAGGUCGAGCCCCACCCAGUCGCCGUUCUCGCCCCCUUCGGGCGCCUGUGAUAUUCAGUGUCAGAACGGAGGGAGCUGCUUCCUGAACGCCCGUCAGGUGGCCAAGUGUCGCUGCCAGCCCAGUUACACCGGAGAACGAUGCGAGAUCAACCAGUGCCGGGAUUACUGCAAGAACGGCGGCACCUGCACCGCAUCCCAUACAGGCGCUCCGACGUGCCGAUGCCCCAAAGGCUUCACGGGACCCAACUGCAACCGUCACACUUGUCAGGACUACUGCCACAAUGGAGGGAACUGCUCGGUCAACGCCGGUAACCAACCCACGUGCAGCUGCCCGACCGAGUACCAGGGAGACCAGUGCCAGUACAGUAAAUGUGAAGGCUUCUGUCAGAACGACGGAACGUGCUUGCAAACCUCCAACGGCACCAAGCUGUGUCGCUGCUCCAACCAGUACAUCGGACACCAGUGUGAGCUGGACAAAUGUCUGUUCUGUGGAACUGGGCGAUGUUUGACCUCGUCCUCGGGGGACGUGUCCUGCAGGUGCCCCAACGGUCAGACGCAACCCAGCUGCUACACGUGCUUGAACUACUGCACCAACGGCCAAUGUACAGUCAACACGCGUACGCUCUUGCCUCAGUGCAGGUGUCCCGCAGCGUGGAGGGGCUACAGGUGUGAAAUCGAAGCUUCUUCCGUGGAUUCCUCCACAUCCGGUGGAAGCACCGCCUCCAUUGUGGUCCCGGUGCUGCUCCUGCUGGUCUUGGCGCUGCUGGUGGUUGGCGCCAUCUUGUGGUACAAGCGUAGAAUGCGAGGGGCUAAGGGCUUCCAGCAUCACCGCAUGACUAAUGGUGCCAUGAAUGUUGAGAUUGGCAACCCCGCCUACAAAAUAUAUGAGGGAGACCCAGAUGACGACGCCGGGGAGCUCCUGGAUUCAGACUUUGCCUUGGACCCAGAGAAGCCCACCAACUUCACCAACCCGGUGUACGCCAGCCUGUACAUGGGCGCCCACAACAGCAACAGCUCCCUGGCUAGCACGGACGAAAAGAAGGAGCUCCUCUCCCAGGGCGACGAGAGCACCAACGACCCCCUGGCGUAGAGGCCCCCCGCAUCCACCCUCCACAACCCCCCCGCCCCCCUUCCCCCAAGCCUGAACUGUGCCAGCAUCGCCCUGCCCGACCAGUGCUGAGCCAACCAGCUCUUAUCUUUAUGCCUUCGCCAGAAAGAAAAGCAGGAAAAAACACAAAAAAUGCGGAACACUGUAAAAAUGUAUAAAAUGAAGGAGUACUUUUGUAAGUGAUUGCAGUAUUGUUUUUUUUUUUUUUUUUUUUUUGGACAAGAAAAAAGAUGAGCGAGUGAUAAACGGAUCCAUUUACUCUUUCAUUCUUUCAUUCCCUGCAGAUCUCCUUCCUCUUGGUCGCUCAUUUAGCCUCUACCUCUGUGCAAAUGUAAACGAUACACACAAAUUGCAGCGGAAUCAUUUUUAUUUCAUUUUUUUUAACAUUUUUCUAUGACUUGUAAAAUGGAGAAAAGCAGGAAUAUUCAUCCUGGAAGACUUUGCCAAUUCAGUCCAUGCGUGUGGGGGGGGGGGGGUGAUUUGUUUUUCCUGCACACAACAUGAACACGUGGAGGAUGUGCUAGCAUUGUCCUGCUACAUUCAAGUGAUUGUCUUUUACUUCCUGCACAGACUCAUUUGCAUAUAGAUGAUACAACACAUAUAUAUAUAUAUAUAGAUAUAUAUAUACAGUAUGUAUAUAAACAAAGUGUCUUGAAAGUAUACCCAGGAACAUGAGUAACAAAUAGCAGUCUGUACUUUCUAAGAAGUUUUUAAGCGUGAGUGGCGGAUGAUGAUGAUGAUGAUGAUGAUGAUGAUGAUUGUAACAAAGUCUGAAAUGUCUAAAGAUGGACACCGUGGCCUUGUUUUUUUCCCGUCGGCGGAUGAUGUCGGCGAAGUUCUACAAUUGUUACAUUUAGCUUUUAGUCGCUUCUCUUUUGACCGAAACUGUACCGACCGACCCGAGAGUGAUGAUUGAUUGACAGGUACGUCAUGGGAGAAGACGUCAUUACACGGACGUGCAUUCCGAUCAGCUUCCUGAUGAGAAUUCCUUUUGCUGAGCUGCUAACGCUAACCAUCUGUUUUGUCUUAAGAAUGUCGUCGUUGCUGUUCGCCGCGCAGCUUUAACUUCACGGUCGUGGACGCUAAUCUGCCAUAUAAUUGUGCACGGUGCUCACAAACGUCACAAACAUUGUCAGUCAUUCUAGAGGAAACAUCUUUUAACGUUUUUUUUUUUUUGUUUUUUUUUGAAACAUCUGAUCAUGUAAAUUAGAACAACAGUCGGAGAAAUGUGUUGGCGAAAACCCACAUGGAUACUUGUGGCUCUGAUUGUUUUUAUGAUUCUGUUUCUUUUUGAUAUAAGAAAUUAAAAUGAUUUUUAUAGUAGAAAAGCACAGUGGUUGGCGUCCGUCAUUUUUCCAGA